UUUAUUGAGAAAAGAAUACAUAAUUGUUAAUAGAACAACCGAGUUGCUAGAUAUUAUUUGUACCUUUUGCAAAUAAUCAGUGUUCCUAAAAAUCUAUCCAGCAGAAGCAUGAUAGUUUUUGUUACUAAUAAUUGUUACUAAUAAUUGUUAUAAUAGCAGAUUAAUAGUUUAGAAUAGCAAAAAAGCAUCGGUCUCUAUAAGAGAUGUAUUGCAUUGGGCAAUAAAUCAUAUUCGUUUUCGGUAUCGAUACAUUUGUUGUCACUAUAUUUACAAAUCAAAUUUGUUACAAAUACUGGUGGCUUGUUAAAUUAACAAAAUCUUCUCUCAGUGUAAUAUUCGAGGUAAUCUAUGACCUAAUUCAAUAUAGCAAAAUUUAGAUCUUAAAUGUGUAACGCUAAACAAAUUAAUAGUUGAUGAAUGGAACCGAAAUUCUUUUGUUGACGCGAUAGUAAACAGGAUUUAUCUUUCAGGUUUCGAUUUAUUCCAAAGAGAGUGUGAUACAUUGAAAAGAAUUAGUGAUCUUUAUGUUCAUUUGAAUCCAAACAAAUGGCGAAUGUUCCGGUCGAAAAAGGACAGCAUUCUUUACUUUCCUUUGUGUUACCGUUAAAGUAUUCUUUACUUUCCCUUGUAUUACCAUCAAAAAUCGAAAAUGAAAUGGAUCAAAGUUAUGAAUUAGUUGAUUAAAUCUCCUACGUGAAGGAUAGGGACUGCUAUUGAAGUAAAAUUUUGUUUUGCCCGAAUAAAUAAUGUUUUGGUACGGAUACACUUUUUUUCUUUUAUUUUUAACUUGUUUAUUAAAUUAACUUUUACGAUGAAACUUCGAGUCAUGAGCCUGCACUUUCUGAUAUUUUUGUUUCCACCCUGUGCGUUGAACCGUCAAUUUUAACACAUGCAAAUACAUCGGAGCGUAAAGAAACAAAGCAUACAUGCGCGUACGCGUAUAUAUACUGCACCGAAUAACCGAAUGCAAACGUCCCUAAGAUUCGUCUUAGCCCCUCGCUAAACAACAUCCACUGUUAGACGAACUUAGUCCGAAAGUUUACCGUAGUCGUUUGCGGCGGUACGUUAUCUGUCAUGCGACCUUGAAGCAGCAGCUUAACGAGGGACUGAUUAUAGCCAGUCGCAACUUAAGGGCCUAUACCGAAACGGUCUCCCGGUGCCAACUAUAGCUUCUCAAGACACAGGGAGCGACACUCGAAUGCAAUCCGCACAGGAUUGUGGUACAGAUGUCUGUCAUGCGUGUAUUAAGCCUCCCUCAAAGAUUUCACCAUAUGAAGUAAGAAAGAAUCACCGGAGCGAGGCCUAAACCGUGAACGAGGGUGCAUACUGACACGUAUCGUGGAUAAUUCCAUAACGGAAACCUGCCAGUGCAUGGCUAAUUGUUGUGUGUAACGUAAAAGCGAGUGGAAAACCAUUUUCUUGCAACAAAGGAAGCGAAUAGUACCGAAGAGAUUGAGCGAAAGAGAGGAGAGAAAGAGAGAGCGAAGAGGGGGUGGAAGAAGAGAGAUGAAGAAAGAAGGUAAAGGAAGAGCUGAAGAAAAAGGGAAAUAUAAAAGAAUAGGAAAAGAGAAAGGAAGAGGGAGAAACACACGCAUAUUUUCGCACAGUGCACUCAACCGGUCGUUCUCGUGCUGGAAAAACUCAUAGUAAAACAUUGAACAAACCAGAGAGACAGCGUGAGAGAAAGAAAGAGAGAGAGAGAGAGAGAGAGAGAGCAGCGAGCGAAGGAGGGUCCGAUGGGCUGGUACCCAUCCGACUGGAGGUGGCACAAGGAGGUGGGACUCUUCGUCUCGUUCUCCACUUUCAGGGGCAGUCACAACUCGACCGCUUUGAGAGCCGGGUUGUCCGGCCACAGUUCGCACACUUUCCCGCCGCGUGUAUCAACGUGCGCGCACACGCGUCGCGGCUGCCACCUGCGGAAUAACGCGCGCGGAACUCGCGGUGCGUGCGUCCUCCAUAUCGCGCACGAGCUGUGAAAGGAUACGCUUCUGCAAGUGAAUUGUUGACGCACGUGCGAGAGGGUGCGCGACCGAUAGAAGAAUCAUACGAGGAUGUGAUGUUGGAAAAAUGCAUCCUCGUGCAAUUAGUCUCAUAGAGGAAAGAUUAUCCCGCAGAUCGAACAUCGGCUGGCAAUAAUUUUGGCACAUGAGCACGUGUGUGUGUUCCUUCGUGGUAGUUGUGUCACGUGCGUGCGUGUGUGUUCGCUCCUGAUGAUUUAUCCUGAUUGUAAUUCUGUCGUCAAGAAUCCUGCGAGAACAUUACCAAGUAACAAUCGCAAGAUUAAAAUUAUGUGAGAGUGGAUCCGUACAUUUGCCAAAAGAGUCAACCUCCAUUUUGUACACCUCAUGAUGUUAGUGGGGAUUCUUCAAGACUCCGAUUAGUGAUUUUUUAAACUGAUGCUUCGUGUUAAAACUAUGAAAGACUAUUACCAUAAUGUUAAUUAUGGAGCAAAAGAGGACCCGAUAAGAAAAAGAGAUAAAACGAAAUAAGAUGAAAAAAUAAAAUCAAUAGAACAAACUUUAAAAAAGCAGAAUUGAAUCGAAUAAAAAAAUGUUAUAGUUGUUUUAAUGCUCAUGAAGAAGAACUGUAAAAAUGUUUGUCGCAAUCUUUCUUUUAAUUUUGCAAGUGAAACGGAAUAGAGAAGGGACUGUUUUGUUUAAUAUUUAUAAAAAUUUAUAGUUACGCUAAAUGGUAUACGUUGAAAUACUUUGUGGAAUUUACUCCAAAACCAGUAUCAACACAAACCUGGUUCAACAGUAUUAAAUGCUCGAUUUUAUGUAUCGCCGAUCUUCCUCAUCAUACUUCUCACUGUCUCAUGGCAGCCUCGCGAUCGAUCGAUCCAACUUCGAUCAGUUUGAUGAUGUUUGAAGUGUUAGACACAAAAUUGGAGUAGACACAAACUCAUAAUAAUCUAUACAGAAGAGAGCCUCUGGUGAAAGAAAAAAUAGCCGGUACCAUUAGCGACACCGAUCCAGAAGUGGGAUUCUUAGAACUCUCAGAAAAACGGCAAGGUGCAGAGUAGCGACGAGGCUGCAGAGGGGAGAGGGAACAAAGAGGAAGCUAUCGUUUUCAUACGUACGUCACGUCACGUGCGUGCGUGCAUGGAACAAGUAGACCCACGCAGGACCACAAAGACGCGGCACGAGAGAGAACGCGGCGGGACAAGGUGGCGGCUCUGCUAAGUCACCAUCUUCCGGCGGUAGCGGCGGAAGAAAAAUGUCGAGCGUCGGGAAUAGUCCUGAUAGAAUGGCUCUGCAAUCACACUAUUCCUUACGAUGGCACAACCAUCUUGCUCACAUACAACGGGCGUUCGAGGAGCUGCUGCACGCGGAGACGCUCGUCGACGUGACCCUGAUCUGCGCCGACAGCAGCGUCAAGGCACACAAAGUUGUCCUCAGCGCCUGCAGUCCUUUCUUCGAGAGGAUAUUCGCAGAAAAUCCGUGCAAACACCCCGUGAUCGUGUUGAAAGACUUCUCGCAUCAUGAGUUGUCUACUUUGGUACACUUCAUAUAUCGCGGCGAGGUGCAGAUCGCCCAAGAGGAGUUACCGGGACUGAUGAAGGCCGCGGAGUGUCUGCAGGUGCGUGGGCUGUCAUCAUCGGAGCCGAGGCCGGUGUCGACGGAACCCAGGCCGUCGUCGUUGGCUUCAACGCCGACGCGCGAUCUCAUUCUGGCCGAAUUACCAACGCCAGAAGUCGCGCGACACGACACACUCGAAGAGGAUGAAAGCGCAUUGGAGAGCACGAGGGAGAUGAAACCCAUUCUGUUUCAACCAACGAGGGACCAUCCGGCCAAGCCGCUCAUUGGCCACAUGAACUUUGGUAUUCGCGAGAGUUGCGGCUCGCCGUCGAUGCCACGUCGGAAACAGGCGCGUCCGCGCCGACGAUCUGGCGAAUUGCUGCCGCAAGAUCUGAGCAGACGCUCGACUCCACCGGUCAGCUCGAGUCCGUUGACGAGUGUCCUUAAUCUCAGCGGUAGCCAGCACCAGGCACAGCAACAGCAGUUAUUGUUGCAGCAAUCUCAAUAUCAUCAACAACAAUCGAUUAACAACGCGCAGAAUCAACAACAGCAGCAGCAGCAACAACAACAAGAGGACAUGGCGGAGAAUCUCUCGAUGAAGAAAUCGCCGAGCGGACUAGAUCAGCAUCACGUGAAGACGGAGGGCAGCGAAGCAACGAGCAGUCCUCGCGGCUCGCCGCUCACGGGAACGAGUCUACUGCAUCAUCCGGACGGUCCUGUUCCGGACAUCCCGGCGGCCGUAGCGGCGGCCGUAGCAGCUACUGUAGCGUUGUCAAUGCCGACAACAAUGCCGACGUUGUCGCUGUCGCAACCGCCGCAUCCUCCCGAGUACCUGACAAGUCAGCUAACGAGCCUCGGCCAGCUGACGAGCCAAUGGCUGCCCGGGCAUCCGCAGAGUCAACUGCCGCCGCCGCCGCCGCCGGCCCAAAGUCAUCAUCCACGCGAAGACAGUCCGCACAGUUCCAGUAGAUCUCAUUCGUAUCAGCAACAGCAGCAACAGGAAUCGGCGCUGCCACGACGUAGCGCCAUGGCGAUGUUUACGCCAACAUUAGACGGCGUGACAGCUUUAGGCGGUGGACUUUUCUCGCAUCAUGCCACCACGUAUGACAGAGGCAUCCUCGCGGAUUCGCUUCUCACGGAUAAUUUUAAGCCAGAGGCGCUGCAAAAUCUUUUUGGUACUCCCAGUCUCAGUCAUGCGCCUAAAAAGGCGAAGAAGCAUCGUAACGAUGGUGACGCGCCACGUAGAUGGACCGAACACAAUACUCGAGCACUCGCGGUUAAUAGGCCCAAAGGGCAACACAGCGCUCCGCGAGGUGGACCACCACGGUCAUGGACAAAUAAUGAACUCACACUGGCCCUGCAACAUGUUUGGGAAAAAAAGCUCACCACAUCGCAGGCUAGUCGUAUGUUCGGGAUACCAUACAACAGCUUGCUGAUGUACGUGCGUGGUAAAUAUGGGAAAAGUCUAAAGCUUGAGCAAUUACGUAGGAACUGUACCGGCGCCAGUACCCCCGAAAUUAUGAACAACAAUAACAUCAAGCCCGUCCAGCAGUCCGCGCAGAUGAGCCACGGGCUCACCGGUCUGCCGCUGCAGCAUCCGGGGGACAACGGCGGCUAUCCUCAUCGCGGUCUACUCGGCAGCAAUAUACCGCAGCCGCAAAGCUACUAUCCCGCCGAUUAUGCCGCGUCUUUCCCCCUGGCAGUGAAUAUGGUGCAUAUGUUACCCCCGAGCGAGCAGAAGGCCUUCGAAUCGUCCACGAACUCGGGCGGCGACGGGAGCGGGGGUGGGUGCGUAGGAAGUGGGGGAGGGGAUGGGAGCGGCAGCAGUGGCGGUGGUGGCGACCUGACGAACUCGCAGACCAGCGAGACACCAUCCCCCAUUGUUGACCAUCACCAUCAUCAGGAGUCGUCGAUGCAGCCGCAGCCAACGCAGUCGACGCCCGCGUUGCUACAGCAGAACGGUUCCGAUUAGGAUUGAGUGGAAUCGUUUAGCGGUACGUUCUUAUAUGUUGAUGUUAAGCGAUGAUUCAUUUGUUACCUUUGCCCAUCGACGACGACUGGGCAAAUGGUCGAUUAGUCCUUUGGCUGCGAAUAUCAUACAUAUACGGAUCAUUUAUUUACUCUAAAAAAUUAUGAUGUAAUUUUGACACCAAUAGUGUGGAUUCAACGACUUAUAUAAUUCUUAUCAUGUUAGUGUUUAUAUCAAUGAUGAUUUAUGUAAACGCCAUUUUUUAGAGUGUUGUCGCGAACGUAUGAUUGAAAAUUCAAUAAUUUAGCUAAUUAUCUCCAAAACAACUGAAGUGAUUCUUAGACGCUCAAUAUUAUUGCACAAUAUAUAAAUAUUGUACAAUAUUUUUAAUAGAUAUUGUCUAAGAUUCACUUUAUAAUUAACGUUUUUAGAAUGUCGAUUGAUAUCGUUAAGUUUAUUGCCUCACUCGUGUCACAGACUCGCGUAUAAAUCGGAAUGCUUAUGAAAUUUUCAAUAUAUUCUUCAAUUAACAAGGAAUAUAUUAAUAAUCACAAUUAUAGAAUCGAUUUGAUUAUCUUUGAAAUGCAAUAUUAAAUACAAAAAUCUUGGAGACACGUAUAUUUUUAUACGUGUCUAUUUUGAGAUUUAAGGAGUGAAACAAUUUCCUUAAAGCUAUAUUGGAUUUUAAACAAUUAUCGACGAAACAGCAAGAUAUAUAUCAAAAUGUUUUAGACAAAGUUUUUGAAACUCUUGUAUUUAAAUCUUUCAAGGAUCAAAUCAGUUUCGGACAAUUAUGAUAUGUUUCUUGUGAUUAAAACCAUUUUAUCGCGAAUUUUAUGCAGCAAUUCGUCUAGCUUGAACUGAGGGAUCUAUCUGUAAAAUCUGGGAUACUUUGAGAAAACAGUUUCACAUGCCGCAGCCAGAGGGUUAAUCGCGCGAUAGUUAAUUAAGUGACUCCCUCUGUGGAGCUCCUCAUCGCACGGGAGUUUAUAGAUUUACACGCGCGCGAUUCAACACGAGACACUAUCCUUCACAAGACUGACUUUUACCAACCGACUCGCAGCUCUCCGCAGGGUACACUCUCGAUGAACAUUCGAGCUUUGCUCAAUCCACGCUUAAGCGCCAUUAACUGCUCUCCGCUCGUUUCUGUGCUUGCCACUUGGGUUUCGUUGCUGUGUCUUUCCUCCGUCGGUGGUUGGGCCGCGUGUAGCGAGAUUUUUCCCGCUUUAUGAACAAUAGACUUAAGAUCUUCUUCAUUAAAUAUGAUUCGUACAGUUUGAUUCUUGGUUAAUACAAUUUGACUCUUAGUGUGUCUUUGAUAGAUUUGUUUUCCAAAAAUAUCCCUUUAAAUGCAAAAAAAUUAUAAAAGAGAGUAAAACUAGGCAUUUAUUUAUUAAAAUUGAAUCUCUUAAUCAUACAUUCCACCUUUGACGUUCAGGCUCGUUCAGUCGAAUUUGCCGACGAUACCGAAUAUCGUCAUCUUAUUUUAGCAUCGUUCUCAGUCACCGAUUCUUUCUUGGGAGGCGUCACAAAUUGAAGAUUGUCGAAUCUCUUCGCGAAAACGAAAUGGCAUCGAAACGAACACGACGCGAUCGCGAGGAAACUCUUGGCGCCACUGCUACGAAAUAGUUCCUGCUGCAAAAACGAUGAUAUACCAAAUAGUAUGUUCGCUAACGGCUGAACAACGUACGAUGUCUGUUACGAUGUCUGGACUUAAAAGAUCAUCAGGGAAAACUCGCACGGCCCGUUGUCAGUAUAAUGGUCGCCUCAAACGAAAAAUGAUCAUAUUUACGAUAAGUAAAAAAUCUGAGGUGAGAUGGAACGAAACUUUUUUUUUUAGUGGCGAGAUGUGGUGAUUAAUUAAUCGAUGGCACAAUGGCACGAGAAGCUCGUUUCAAACCGUUUUUGACUUAAGAGAAAAGAAGAAAAGAAAUAUAUGUAAUAAUCAGAGAUUAUAAAAACAAGGUUCUAUAUAGAUUAUAUAAAUGUAGACUAGAUAUCAUAAUUGAAUAUUUUAAUAAAAUUGAAAUCAAUUAUAAUGUCCAUCGAUAUUUUUGAUUUCCAAGUGGAAGUUAAAGUCCUCUUGGAUAAUGCUAAUUUUUCUAUAUUUGUUCUUAUUAUUACAAUAUAUAUUAAUUAUAAAUUAAUUUACAAGUUCAAUUAUUGUGCAAUACAUAAAUUAUUUAUUGUUAUAUUUAAAUUGACAAAGAAGAAAAAGAUAAAUUGCGUAAUGAAGAAGCAUUUCUUUAUUCGGCAUUUAUGGCAAAUGAAAUCUGCUGGGAGAGAAUUGACAUAUCAUUUUAAAUUAAAUUAUAAUUACGUAUAAUGAUAUAUAAUACGUGUAUUUUAUAUUUUUUUAGAUUUAAUUGUAUGUGAUUAUGCAAAUGUGAUUCAAAAUUUCUGAAUUGAGUUAAUUCAGUUUGAGGCUUUUAUCUUUAAUACAUAGAUAGGUUUUUAAUUAACUUUUAAUUUAGUUUAAAAAUAAUUUCUAAUUCAAUCGCAAUGCAUUUUGACAGUCAUUGAUACGGCUUUUAAAUGGAGCUUCUCGAAUGCAAUUGAAUAAGGUGAAUAUCAUUUUUACGAUGUUAUAACGAGAAUAUCAUUGUCACGAAAUCGAGCGUCCCUUUCGCGCGAGUCGUCCGCUCUUUUUUUAUUUUUAAUAAAAAAACAAUCUUGUUGAAUUGCGGGACGGAUGAUACAAUAACAGACGACAACUUGCCAAGAUUUCCCGUUUGCCAAUCCUCCGAGAAUCUUACCCGUUGUCAGCGUGCUCCGAUACGCAUAAUUUUUAGGGACUAAUUCGUUUACUCGGUAGCAAUACGUUAUGCCUGUAAAUACUAUUUUUAAUUGUUAACCGUUUUAUUCUGCUCGCUUCUUUCUGUUCGAAUCUUUCGCGAUACGUUUUGAAGAAUUCGCGAACACGAGCAGAACGAAUAAUUAUGCGAUCUGUCGAGACGCGAACAACUAUCUCUGGUUUGACUCGUUAAGAACGAAUAAUUCGACGAGGAACGAGACAAGCACGCGCAAUCGCCGAUCCUGGCGAGUACCGAAACGCGAAAUGCUUUCGGGAGAAAUUAAGAAUCGACACCGGUAUAAUUUCGGAGAGUUCAAUUCUCGAUUACGCGAAAGAGACAUGAAAAAAGGUGUUCAUGCAGCACUGAAAUUCACCGAAAUCAUACUGAUCUGAAUAUUCGGAAGUAAGAAAAGAAAGAGAAAGAAUACAGAACAAACGUUGAACAUACUUUUAAUCGUAGACCACAAUUUCACAACAAUAUUUCGACAACCAGACGGAAGCGCAGGGUAACUAACACAUCAGGGAUAGCCACAGACAAAUCUACGAUAGAUAAAGAAAAUGCUACAUAUUAAAUUGUAAAGGUAAUGAUAAAUGAUUACUUAGGUAAUUAUUAAAGUUAUAAUAACGAUAUGAUAUUAUUUCGUUAAAGAGAUUAAGAAAAAGAAAGAGAGAAAGGGAGAGAGAGAGAGUUGAGGAAAAAAGAGACAAAAAGUGAAUGAAUGACAGAAGUAAGAAUCAUAUGAUAGAAUUCGUUAUGUCACACUCUUUACUACUCCUAGAGAGAAACAGGAUAAGAUAUAUUAUGAGAAAAUAAUAAUAAUAAAAUAACGAAUAAUAAUAAUAGCGAUUUAAGUAGAGCAUAAACGACAGACGGAGCGUAUAGGUGCGACACGGGGUUUGAAGUGAAUAUUAGAGAGACCACAGGUUUUCGGACCCCAAAACAACCUGUACAAUACAAAAAACUGAUAUUAUUAUUGACUAUUAAUACUAUAUAUUAUAUAUAUUAUAUAUAUACAGGGUGUUUCAAAAGAGUUUAUAACUGCUUCAACGGGCUGUAUCAUCGGGUUUCGCUUAACACGAGCAUAUAUAAUAGUUAAACUAGCAAGAUGCUCAUAAAUUAUCACAUUGUAUCAUUUUUUUGCAUUUAAAUAAAUUAGUAUACAAAAGACUUUAAUUUACACUAAUUAAACUUGCAUUUAAUUGAAUUUGCUAUUAGACAUAUCUGUUUUUGAGUUGCUUUAUUAUUUAUUUGCGAAUAUUUUUUGAGAAAUAAUGAAAUUUAUACAAAAGAAAAAACUUUAAAGUUUUGCUAUUUUUUAAUAUCCAGAAUGAAAUUAUUUUGAUUAAAAAAAUAAAAUAACUAUUUUUGUAAGUAAUUUAUUUUCAUUUCCGUAAUUAAUUUAUUUUUGUUUCAAUUGAGCAUCAUGAAAUUACAUUCGGGCGUUUACGAUGGUACAACCACGUUGAAAAUGGUUUUAACAAUUUUUUAUCCACUCUGUUGAUGAGCGCGCGCGAGAGAAAGAGAGAGAGAGAGAGAGAGAGAGAGAGAGAGAGAGAGGAUAAGUAACAGAGAAGUAGGAUUUUAUCUUAACUUUAUGCGACAAAUCGCGCAGAGUUAAAAUACAGUUAAAUAAUGACUGUUCGUAUGCAUAUAGGAGUGCGUGCGAGAGCGUACAUAAAUAUUAUCUAUAGGUCUAUUUGUGAUAGGCACCACAUGUGCAGAAUUCAGUAUUAUUUUGCAGAUGAUUGGGAAAAGAAACGGUCGGCACGUUUUCUUUUUCAAUUAACGUUUUUGUUGUUUAUAGGCACCCCUUUAGUAUAUUAAACAUUAAGAAAACUUUCUCCGAUUGCGAUGUUUAUCGUCUCUCGCCUCUCUCGCGAGAGGCGACGCGCAAAGCUUUAAAGGAGGGAGAAAAUGAGAAUAUCCUAUGAGAGAAAGAGUGAGAGAAAGGGAAAGAGUGGGAGAGAGAGAAAGAGAAUGCGUGUAAGAGAAACAGAAGACAGCAGGGGGACAUAUAGGCACAGAGGCACGGAGAAAAAGGAGCAUUAUCAUUGUCGCAUAGGGUGUGGAUAGAGAGACGCGAUAUCGAUUGGUUACUUUAUUAGCAAAAGGAUAAUAUAUGUUAAAUACAAGUAACGCGUUUAUUAAUUGAUUUUAAUAAGGGGGACCGGAAAGUAAUAUCCUUUUUUAUAAAUAAUGUGAAGAAUAUGUAGUCUUGUUAAUACAAUUUAUUAUUUAAUUAUAUAAUCAUCAUUUUCUAUGAUCAUCCACUUAUUUAUUUUUUUAUUUUUUUCUCGAAGAAGCUAACUAGUUUUGAUUCUGUAACAUUACAAUGCUCGAUCGCAUAUAAUCAAACAGCUGCAAUAAAAAAAAUUAGAAAAUUAGGAGAGGAAGUAACAGAAAUGCUCUCCCAUCUAUACUUUUACCGGAUUAUCAUCUUUUCUGAUCAUUGGAACACUUAUAAAGAAAAAGCCUUAUAAAAACAAGUGAAAUUUGAGUCUAAACUCUCCGCACGAGAACAUCCAUAAUGCGUUACGUUAUGUAAAGAUCUGUGUGUGAAACAUCUUAAAUCUGUAACAGUAAACUUUCUACAUUUUUUAAAAUCAAAGUCGGUCACCUUUCUCGAGAAAAAAAUUAAAAAAUUAAUAAAUGAAUGGAUGACUAUCAUAGAAAAUAAUGGCAACAUUAUUCAAUAAAUAACAAAUUAUAUUAACAAAAUGACGUACUAUUUAAAUUAUUUAUAAAAUGACAUUCCUGUCGUAUUGUUUUACUUAUGUUGAGAUGUGUAUUGAAAGAUCGAUAUAUCUUAACGAGUGAAUGAAUAGCUAAUACUUAAAGAGGUUUUUAAUCUAUUUUAUUUAGCUUUAAUUCACUCGUAUAGUUAUACGCUCGAAAAUAUCGGCGUCAUCUGCGGUAACAGUGUUAUUCUUAUUUAUUAAUUAUGCAAAAUUGGCAAUGGUAGAUAAUUUAUUAUUAAAAUAUAUAAAUUAUUAUUGAAAUAUGAAGUUAUGAAGAAUCCAGGCACGAAAGAAAAAUAAAAGAAGGAUCUGAAUACCGGGAUUAUAUUUCGAUUGGACGUUAUAAAUAAUGCUGUGCCAUUAUUUUCAUUCAUAAGGUGUUAGAAAAAUGACUUGUAGUGGAUUGCAAGUAAUGUUCAUACUCACAACGUAAAAAAAGAGUUACUUCUAAUGAGAUCAAUUUUCUAAACUACAUUGAUUUACAUCUUUACUUGAUUUACGUCCAUUUCACUAAAUGUAGAUUAACUUCAAUCUAGAUUUAACUUACUCUUUAUCUUUUUCCAAUUCUUAGAACUAGAGAAGAUAAAAAGAAAGUUAAACCGGGAUCACAAAGUUAAUCUAAAUUGGAGGUGGACAUUAGUGAAUACUACGUGCUUUUUAAAUCCUGAAUCCAUCUUGUAACGUAUGCUAAUUCAUCCAAUACUUUUGUGUCGCGUCGCAGGAUAUUUAUAAAUUUAACUCUUUUAUAAAAAUUCUGGUCUUUUUAUGCAUAAAAAAAACUGUCGCAUGAAAAGACGGCAUUUUAUAAAAAAAAGGAGAUUAGAAUAUUUAUAAAAAAGGGUUACCAGAUAGGCACCGAUACCGACUGACGACUGAAGAAUGUUUUAUUUUUCUGGAACUUCGCUCUCAGCGAAGCCACCAUUUUAGUUCCUACAGUUACGACGAUAACUAAUACAACUUUCCAGUAACUAUGAAAAGAAACGGGAGUAGUAUUAUCUUAUUUACUGCAUAAAAUAAAGAGAGACGGAGUGAAAGAAACGGAGAGAAUGAGAGAAAUUGUAAGAGAGACAGAGAAAAAGUGGAAAACAAGAGGAUAUGCCUCCGCAAAAGAUUAUUUUUAAUUUCGUGUAAUCUACAAUUGUACAUAAGAUCAGAGAUAAACGCGCUGUCGAUUAUUUAUGCGUAAUAUAUAGGUAUACAUACUUAUAUAUAUACAUAUUAUACAUAUACGUAUAUUUAUCGAUAAUUGUGCGUCGCGAGCAUUGUUCUUCGAAUACAAUCUUUGAUCGAAUGAGCAUUGAGAGGCGGGAAACAAAACACAGACGACGAAGUAGGCGAGCACAUUGUAAGAACGCGCGAUUUCUGCGUCGCGAUUACAUAAAAGUGCAAUACUUGAUAUUCUUACGUAAUAACAUUGUUGCUGCUAAGUGGGCCAACAACAAUCCAAGUAUCACACGCGAGCCUUGUCUAAAAUUUGAUUGGAUCAUGUAGGAUUUUCCCGCUGAACACAAAUCGAAUGGAAAGUGCAUUGUGUUGUGCACGCGGUCGCUGAAAGAUGGCGUUGAAACGCGCUCUCGGGGAAUCCCUUGGACUUCUCCUCCGGAAGGGAUUUACCAACUGGCGGCACGUUUGAACACGAGAGUUACCGAUAGUCCAUACGAAACUUGUUUCCCAUCGUCGCUUUUCACGGCUCCGUUACUCUUCGUAGGAAAGAUUAUUCCCAGAUGAUUAGCUCUUCUUGCUGUAGCGCAUUUAUCAUUUUCCAUUCGAUGAGUCACGCGCGUCAUCAAUAUCAUCGACGCAGAAAUCGCCGUUUCGAAAUCUCAUCAAGAACUUCAUACUGUAUAAAGAAACAGAAAAACCGGAAAAACGAGAACAGAUGAAAUAGUUACUUGCAUCGGUUGUGCUGUCACGUAGUUCCUAAAUCGCCCUAGCCUCGCCCCGAGCGCAUGAAAAUAACAUACGGAUGAAUGGAUGAAUGAACGAACGUGUAAGAUUUGUUAUUUCGGAGUACGGUAUAAACGAUACACCGCUCUAUUUCGCAUAAAUAUUUAUUAGGAUUACGAUUAUCAAAGACUUUCCUGUCGUAUUGCUUCAAAACCUAGACUCGAAUGUGUAACAAAUCUCAUCAGUUUUCAGUCUCUUAUUGAUAGCCUGAAAAAAUGCCGCAUAUAUAAUUACAUUUAAAGAUAUAUAAUUAUGUAUAAAAUAUGUAUGUUUUCUUUCUCUUAUGUAAUUUUUGUCUAUAUGUAUAGAAAAAAUAAGAAAAAUAUUAAAAAAUAAUAAAUUUUGUACUUUUUACGAAAAGUAAAAUUGCGAUCACGUUAUACAAUAUUCUAUAUGUAAUUAUAUAUGCAGUUUUAUAUAUAAGGUCAUUUCAUGAAUUUUACUUUUUAUAAAAAAAACAAUGCGCAAAUUCUUUUUAUUAUUUUUUCUAUAUAUAUGAACAAAGACAAAAAAUAACACAAAAGAAAGAAAAUAUAUAUAGGUAUAUAUUAUAUGUAUUUAUAUGUGAUUAUACAUGAGUCAUUUUUUUCCCGGGCGGACCUUCAUACAUAUUAUUUAAAAGUUUAAAGAUCCUUUCUUUGAAGAUCUUUAGAAAACAAAUACUUAAAAGUUGCAAAUAUCUAUAACACUUUAUAAUGAGGAAUAGAGAAAUCUGAUUGCGUGAUUUUAAUAAAUGAUUUUAAUAAAAUUAACAAAUAUUUUAUUUAUUCAUUCAUAUAAAAAAAAUUUGUGUUGUGUACGAUCGUAUCGCAAUUAACAUCGUAAUUUGAGUAAUUAGGCACGCACCCUUUGGCACAAACGCGUUUACGAAUGUCGUAUUUGGCACAUUUGUCAGAAUGAAAAAGAAAGAACAAAGACUGAUAUUCUUACCUCGCUUUUAGGGGCGAUUUAAGUAAAAGCGUCUGUCAUACGCGAAUUAACGUGGCGGGAGGACGCUUUUAGCUAGAGCCGUCUCCCCAAAAGCGUGGUAUAACCGACGUAAAGAGCGACGCGCUUGUACAACUAUAUAUACCGUUUCUCGUAAGAAGCGGAAUAUGUAGAUACCGGUGGAUCGUAUUUUACCGUACGACGAAAGAGAAGUGAGUGGGACGAAGAGAUCGAGGUUGUGCGAAAGGAAGAGAGAGAAAGAACGGUGUGUGAUAUGGGUGCAUUGAGAGCCGUGAAAAAGUGGAUAGAGCGUGUGAUAACUAUAGUUGGGUGUGUGCGAUACACGAUGCGAAUGAGAGAUUAUAAAAAAAAAGAAAAAAACGAGAGAUAGAGAAAGCGGGAUCUCGAUUACAGAAGCAGCACAUCGCAGAUUAUAAUAUAACGAUAUAUUUAUACUAAUUACAAUUGUACCAUAACGAUUAUAAUACUACUUAUUAUAUUAUACAGAGCCGCCGCCACCCAGUAUAUUUUUUACAGGUUUACAUUGUAUUACAGUUUAUAAAGUUUGAUAUACAAUAAAAAAAGGAACGAUUACCUAAGCGCAGCGCGCGCCCGCGGUGGCAGCCGGCGCGUCCCACCUAUUUAUAGGGUGGGAACAGCCGUACGAUUAAGACGCCGCGGCGCGCACUGCGUCACGCUAUAACUACAAUACUUCCGAGUGUUGGAAGAUCGACGCCACACGAGAGAAAGAGGGAUAAUGAAUCGCGAUACGUUGUCGCGAUCGAGAUGACCGGUUACUCAUUCGGCCGGAGGGUGUUCCGACAGUAAGGGUGUCGGAAUGGAGCUUUUACCUUCGGAAGAAUGUGCAUCUCAAUUAAAGCCUGCAUAAGACCACGCAUUGGAGAUUGAGGAAUUGGGGAUUGCAAAUUGGAGAUUAGAAUUCAACCAGUUUCGACCGAACGAAACGGAUUAAAAUUAAACUUAUUUGAUUGGACGAAUUCUAAUCUCCAAUUCGCAAUCCUCAAUCUCGAAUGCAUAGUCUAGGGCUUAACGGCUAUUAAUUUUCGAAAGCACGAAUCGCAAGACAGUGGGGGAAGAAAACCGAGUGGAAAAGAAUCUGUUCUUAUUAGCUGGCCUUUUGCGAAUAAAUAACAUUUCCUUUUUUUUUUAUGGAGAGAAACUUGAAAAGAAAAAGAAAUAAUACGUGUAACGUUCGAAGGAAUACGGAUACAGAUUGACGCGUUACCCGCGAUUGGCUUCGAGCUUCCAACACCCGUGCCGAUAAUGAAUAAAUGAACGCUACAUAACUUGUGAUACGUUUACCGCUGGUUACUACAGAGACUUCCUAGCCGAUCCUACGACAGGCUCGGCACCACUAGUUCACUCACGCACACAACUCAACGUUUAUACGGAUUUAUUAUUACAGAUUUAUUGAUUAAUAUCGAAUUAUUGCGUAUAACGGUAAUUAAAUUAGGUGAGAUAUACUUAAACGGGGAGACUACAAUGUGAAAACAGAAAACAGUUACAAGUGCGAAACAAUUAUAUGGUGUGAAUGCGCACACGAGGCUAGGACGAGGCUAGCUACCUAAACCCCACGUUCAUUCUUCGGAUUACAUGUAACAUGCGGAUUAUACACACACACACACACAUACGCGCGCAAACACAUACAUACACACGUACAUGCAUUCAUACGCAGACAUACAGAUCCAAUCGUAUUCACUCUAAACCCUAAUAAAAUCUGUACAUACCAUUGCAA